UAAAGUCACUUUUGUAAUAAUUUGAUCAAUUUAAGUGGAAAGUGCUAUUAUCAAUCAUGAAUUGGGAAACUUUCGCGCCUAAAAAAUUCUUUUGUUACUAUCCACUAAGUAAGGGGACUUUAUUCAUAGCAAUAGUGAUGUCUUGUUUGGCUAUGUUAACCGGGACCUCUAUAAUAAUUCAAGUAAUAACAGUGCAAGGGAUCCAAUGUGAUAAGUUUGUUCUACGAACUGCUUAUGGAUUCGGUAUAUCAGCACUCACGUAUAACCUUCUUAUGGUUUUAGUUAAUUUAUGGCUCAUUUGGGCAGUGAAGAAGAAAAAGACUACGGUUGUAAUAAUUUGGGUGGUGGUGACCAGCGUGUGGCUCGUCAAACUGCUCGUGUUAGUCAUCGUCUUGAUGAUCGUCCACGACAUGGAAGUGGGCAAGACGGGUGGCACGUUGUGUAUGAUCAUUCAAUGCUUAUGCUUUGCUGUACUGAUAUAUUUCAUUUUCGUGGUCUAUGGAUAUUGGAUGGAGAUAAGUAAACAGAAAAGAGUAAGAAUCGUUGCAGAUGCUGCUAAAGAAAGUACUAAAGAUGUUGCCAAAGAAAUUAAUAAAGAACUACCUAAAGAUGUUGCCAAAGAUAAGCUUUGAAAUUUAAUAAAUGUAAAUUCCUUUAA